CGCAUCAGCACAAGGUUCCGCCCAUUAGCUCAGCAGAGAUUAGUCGACACGACUGCUUAUAUAAGCGUUUAGUUCCGACAAAUAGAUUGUUAAGCCAGCACCUAAUACAAAGAAAGAAGAAACUUAACGCCAAUUUCAAAAUGACAGCAAUUUGGAAGAUCGCGGUGCCGCUUCUUGCCGUGUUCUUUGCGGUGGCGAGUGCAGGUAUGGGUAUGACGGGAGGAUUAAGUGAAGCGGACCUGGAGUCAGCGCCAGUCAAAGACGCCUUGCAGUUUGCUGUCCUACAGUACAACCGAGGAAACAAUGCUAUGUACCAGAGCAAAAUGACCAAAUUAAUCAAGGCUCAGCAACAGGUGGUCGCCGGAAUGAAGUACUUUUUCACGGUGGAGUUGAGCAUGACCUCCUGCCGCAAGAACGUCGACUUGAAGCAGUGUGAGGUGCACAAGGACCCAGCGAUGGCAGCGCCCAAGGAAUGUGUUCUGACUGUGUGGAGUCGCUCCUGGCUCAAUGAGAUGGAACUCACAAAAACAAUUUGCAAGUGAAAAGAAUGGAGAAACGGCUGCUUUUCCUAUUCUAAAAUUUCCCUCCGGAUGAAUAAAGUAUCUAUCUAUCUAUCUAUCUAUCUAUCUAUCUUCCAGUCACCUGAGAUUAAGGUGUGAUCAGACACCCUAUUAACCCAAUUAAUCGAAAACCAUGACGUAAUUUCGAGUUUUUUCUUUGACCAUUUGUUGUUCCGAGAUUAACUUAAAUUUCAACUGGCAGUGCAAGCUAUGCAAUAAAUCAUUCAUAUUUGAACUAGCCAGAAUAAAUGAUUAACACACUGCAA